AGCCUCACGAGCAACGAGGAGCAGGCCGCGUUCGUGGUCGAGGGCGCCGCGGAGGAGGACGCCGAGCUGGUGGCCAACCGCCUGGAGUUCUUCCGCGAGGGGAGGGAGACCUGCGAGGCCCUGAGGCUGGCCGCGGAGCCGGGGCGCGAGCCCAAGGCUUGCCGCGAAGCCUGCGAGCGGGUGAGCGCAACGUGGGCCCAGUACCAGGAGACCAGCCCGGGCUCCUGGACCCCUACCUGGAGGAGAUGGUGGCGCCGCUCAUCGCGGCCAUUGGGCACGCCGUCCGCCAGAACGCGCAGGACCCUGUCAGCGCUCUGCCGAACUUGCACCUGCUGA